UCUGGCUCGCAGGGAGAUUUCGUUCACCCUCGAGUGGUUGAGGAAGCUCGCCUAGCUACCUCUGGGUCCCGCUCUCCUAUCUCCGUUACCCUCGGAAAUAACAAGACGCAGCGCUUCUUCGAUCAGACGGUCCCCGACCUCCACUUCUCACUCACCCUUCAGCCAUCGGAUAGUACCCAGAUGCCUAGGUGCUUCCAUUCCUCCGCAUACUUCGACGUGCUGAAAACCGGGUAUGACUUUAUCCUUGGCACUCCCUGGUCUCGCCGGUUCCGUGGCACAGAGGCUGAAUGGGCGACCGAGACACUCGUUCUCAAAACGAAGUGUGGUCAGACUCAUCGCGUCCCGUUCAUUGGAGCCACGAGCGACACCCCGCCCGACCUACCUCCCCAGGACCCUCGUCCCUCAGGGUCCCACCCCGACAUCGCGUUCACUUCCCCUCGUCAGUUUGCUCACUUCAUACGACAGGAGGACGUCACGUUCUACUCACUGAACGUCAUGGAUCUUCUUCGCUAUAAUCCACUUUGUCCCGAGGUUGAGCUCAUCUCUCUGGAGCCCGAUCCCCCUGACCCUUCCUCCAUCUUCGCGGCUCCCAUCUCUACGUCCACCCGUCAGCCUGCGGAUACCUCCUCCACGUCCCAAGCCUCUGCGCCGUCGACUGUCGAGUCCACAAAUAUGUCUCGUGCCGACGCAGACACUGAGGAACUCACACGGUUCACGACAGACUUAGAGCCGGCCGUUCGCGACCUGAUUCGAGAGUACCGCGACAUCUUUCCCCCGUAUUUCUCAUACAGCGGGAUUCCCCCGAUGCGCGAGGCGACGGAACUCGAGCGUCAGCUUGAGGAGCUCCUUCGACUGGGUUUCAUUAAACCCAGUAACUCCCCAUGGGGUGGACCUGUCCUCUUUGCUCGCAAAGCGGACGGAACUCUCCUCCUCUGCAUCGACUAUCGCGGCCUUAACCGUUACACGGUUAAGAACAGCUAUCCCAUGCCCCGCGCGGAUGAGCUGUUUGAUCGUCUGGCAGGCAACCGCUUCUUCACGAAGAUCGAUCUUCGUAGCGGUUACCACCAGAUCCACGUUGCCACAGAGGAUCAACCGAAGACCGCCUUUCGGUCGCGCUUCGGCCACUACGAGUUCACGGUGAUGCCAUUCGGCCUCACCAAUGCCCCCGCCACCUUCCAGACGACGAUGAACGACGUCUUCAGGGACAUCCUUGAAGACUACAUUCUUGUAUACCUGGACGACAUCUUGGUCUACAGUCGUAUCUUAGAAGACCAUAUCAGACACCUCCGCGAUGUCCUACAGCGCUUACGCAAGCAUGGCUUCUAUGCCAAGCUCAGUAAGUGCCGCUUUGCCCAGCGCAAAGUGGACUUUCUAGGACACCAUGUAUCUGACCAGGGUCUCCACAUGGACGACGCGAAGAUCACUGCUAUUGCAGAGUGGCCCGUCCCCACAUCUGCCAAGCAACUUUGCAGUUUCCUAGGCCUCACCAGCUACUAUAGUAAUUUUAUCCAGGGAUACACUAGUUUCACCACUCAGCCCAUCAAGGGUGAAACGAACCGCGUCGCCAAUGCCUUGUCCCGCCAUCCUGAUCACAAUCAGGAACCCAUCCAUCUUCCUGUCAUCUCCAUCACAACUGUUGAUCAGUCGGUGAUCGACGCGUAUCGCACCCAGUACCGCCACUGCCCCGAUUAUCGCGUCAUCCACACGAUACUGCGGAGUGGCAAGACCGUUCCUUCCUACUCCCUCAGGAAGAACGGCCUCGUGUACUGGCAUGGCAGAUCUGGUCAGCUACAACCAUGUAUCUGUAUUCCCUCCCCCAGACAGCUAAGCGUCCAGGCUGUAGCAGGGUUCCAUGAACAGGCAGUUGCCGGUCAUAUGGGUUUCCACAAGACGUUGGCUCGUGUUUGCCGCCUAUACGUCUGGCCGAAGUCCAAGGACUUUGUCAAAGCCUACAUCCAGGAGUGUCCUACCUGCCAGGAGGUGAACAGUGCGAACCACCUUCCGUAUGGGUUACUUCAACCCCUACCCAUACCGGAGGGUCGUUGGCAGUCCAUCUCGAUGGAUUUCAUUGGUCCCUUCCGCCCACCCACUGAGCGCGGUCAUGAUGCUAUCUUGGUCGUCGUCGAUCGCUUCACGAAGCGUGCACGAUUUGUCCCGUGCCGCUAUCGCAUUAGCGCUCGUGAGGUCGCCGACAUCGUCUUCGACCGAGUCGUGAGAGAUCACGGCCUACCUCAGAGCAUCAUCUCCGACCGUGACCCGCGCUUUACCAGCACAUUCUGGCAACGCCUACACGAGGUGUACGGAUCCCAGCUCCGCUUCUCAUCGUCUUACCACCCUCAGACAGAUGGUCAGACUGAGGUCACCAAUAAAACUCUCGGUAAUAUCCUCCGAAAGUUUGUUAGGGAUGACCGGCAGUGGGACUUACACUUAGCCCACGCGGAGAUUGCGUACACCCACGCUGUUUCGCCAGCCACGGGGAUGUCGCCAUUCUAUUGCGACCUCGACUACCACCCUCGCGUACCCGCGGAUUUCCUACGACCAUCGCGGUUGCGCCCAGACACUCGUUGCCCUGCGCUUGACGACUGGAUCACCCACAUGGCGGCAAUUAUGAAGCGCGCACACGAGAGUUUAGCCGACUCCGAGACUCGCAUGGCCGCACGAGCGAACCGAUCACGAAUGGAUCAUCCAGUCAAAGUCGGUGACGAUGUGCUCGUCGACGCAUGCCACUUACAGCUCGAAGCAGAUACGCUUCGCAAGUUCAGGAGUCGUUUCUUCGGUCCAUGCCGCAUCCUUCAGGCCGUCGGUUUUGAUACUGCUGCUAGUCCGGUCAGCUUCCGUGUGAAGCUACCUGAUUACCUUCGACAGGCUCGUGUACACGAUGUCUCCUUGUUGCGUCCUUAUCGCAGACCGUCCGAGAGCUUCGCCGGACGCCCUUAUGAGCGCCCUCCUCAUGGUGGACGGUCACGAGGAGUUCGUUGUUUCCGACAUCGUAUCACGCCGAGUUACCAACGAUACCCCUCCACGCAUCGAGUACCUUGUGCGUUGGAAGGGCUACCCUGAUGAGGAGGCUACUUGGGAGCCCCUCGAGCACUUGCAGCACGCCAAGA